AUGAGGCAUAGUUGACGAUACUUACAUAGCCAUGAAUAUGAUCAUCAUCAUCCCAUAUUUAUUUAUUAUUGAAUCUUCAUCUUCAUAAUCUCUAUCUUCAAUUGAAUUGAAUUGAAUUCAUUCUGAAAAUAAUAAUAAUAAUAAUGUCUCAACAGCUCGAAGAGGUGUUUAUUGGAUCCAUAGAUCAAGGAACAACCAGUACCAGAUUCAUCAUCUACGAUAGAAAUUUACGUAUUAUCGGAUCUCAUCAGGUUGAAUUCACCCAAUUCUACCCAGAAGCAGGAUGGGUAGAGCACGAUCCAAUGGAGAUUUUGGAAAGCGUGAGGAUUUGCAUCACGAAAGCCCUCGACAAGGCGACAGCAGAUGGGCAUAACGUUGAUAGUGGAUUGAAGGCGAUUGGUCUCACGAAUCAGAGAGAAACCACCGUUGUAUGGAGCAAAUCAACGGGUCUCCCUCUUUACAACGCCAUUGUUUGGAUGGAUGUUCGUACCAGUUCUAUUUGCAGGAGAUUGGAGAAAGAGUUAUCGGGUGGAAGGACCCAUUUCGUUGAAACAUGUGGUCUUCCGAUUAGCACUUAUUUCAGUGCACUUAAGCUUCUAUGGUUAUUAGAAAAUGUCGAUGAAGUUAGAGAUGCUGUAGCGAAAGAUGAUGCCCUUUUUGGAACAAUCGAUACUUGGAUCAUAUGGAACAUGACUGGAGGCGUUGAUUUAGGUUUGCACGUUACUGACGUUUCCAAUGCAUCUCGAACUAUGCUUAUGAAUCUGAAAACACUGAAUUGGGACAUACCCACUUUGGAAACGUUCAAGAUUUCUCAAAAACUUCUCCCGAAAAUCAUCAGCAAUUCGGAGGUUAUUGGAGAAAUAUCGAAAGGCUGGCCAAUUGCAGGUCUCCCAAUUUCUGGGUGUUUAGGCGAUCAACAUGCUGCUAUGGUGGGACAAGCUUGUCGAAAGGGUGAAGCGAAGAGCACAUACGGAACAGGGGCUUUCAUCCUUCUGAACACGGGUGAAGAGAUUGUGAAAUCGAAUCAUGGGCUUUUGAGUACUGUAGCGUUCAAGCUAGGACCAAACGCACCAACGAAUUAUGCUCUGGAGGGAUCAAUUGCGAUUGCUGGAGCUGCGGUUCAGUGGGUUAGAGAUAGUUUGGGGAUAAUUGAGAAUGCGAGUGAGAUUGAAGGACUUGCUUUGCAAGUGGAUCAUACGGGUGGGGUUUAUUUUGUGCCUGCUUUUAAUGGAUUGUUUGCUCCUUGGUGGAGAGAUGAUGCUCGAGGUGUUCUUAUUGGGAUAACUAGGUUUACUAAUAAGUCUCAUAUAGCUCGGGCUGUAUUGGAAAGUAUGUGUUUUCAGGUGAAAGAUGUUUUGGAUUCUAUGCAUAAAGAUGUUGGAGAAAAGAAUGAUAAGGGUCUGUUCUUGCUUAGGGUUGAUGGAGGUGCUACUGUCAACAAUCUUUUGAUGCAAACUCAGGCAGAUUUGUUGGGGAAUCCUGUUGAGAGACCUGCAAACAUAGAGACAACAGCUCUUGGGGCAGCAUAUGCAGCUGGUUUGGCGGUUGGGAUAUGGAAGGAAGAUGAUAUAUUUGGGUCGGGUCAUAAAGUGGAGAAACCGACUACUUUUUACCCGACUCUUCCUCAAGAACUAAGGAUGAAGAAGGCUGAAUCAUGGGGUAAAGCCAUUUCAAGGACUUGGGAUUUGGCUGAUCUAUCCCUUUAAUCUAAUUCCUCUUUUUAAUUAUUACUUUUACUUGUUCAUUAGAUUGUACUUUCCAUAUAAUAAAUGUUGGAUCUUUCUUUUCUUUAGGUUACUAUGCUCAUCUUUUUAAUGAAUAAAUUAUUUAUUUUCU